AUGGCGGCGACGGUAGCGGCUUCCCGGAGCUUGGCGAGACGCUGGUUGCGGCCGGCGGCGCGGGCGGUGAGUUGGCCAGCGGCAUGCCAGACUCUUGCACGCAACUUACACUUCACAGCCUAUGGAAAGAAAAGUGCUUCUACAAAGGUUUCUGAUUCGAUUUCUACACAAUAUCCAGUAGUAGACCAUGAAUUUGAUGCAGUUGUUGUGGGUGCAGGAGGAGCAGGCCUGCGGGCUGCGUUUGGCUUGUCAGAAGCCGGAUUUAAUACAGCAUGUGUUACAAAGCUGUUUCCCACCAGGUCUCAUACUGUUGCUGCACAGGGAGGGAUUAAUGCUGCUCUGGGAAACAUGGAGGAUGAUAACUGGAGGUGGCAUUUUUAUGACACAGUGAAAGGGUCUGAUUGGCUGGGUGACCAGGAUGCCAUACACUACAUGACUGAGCAAGCCCCAGCUGCGGUGAUAGAGCUGGAAAAUUAUGGGAUGCCAUUCAGCAGAACUGAAGAAGGAAAAAUCUAUCAGCGUGCGUUUGGUGGACAGAGUCUUCAGUUUGGAAAAGGAGGACAAGCUCACAGAUGCUGUUGUGUUGCAGACAGGACAGGACACUCACUGUUACAUACACUGUAUGGCAGGUCUCUAAGAUAUGACACAAGCUACUUUGUUGAAUAUUUUGCCUUGGACCUACUUAUGGAAAAUGGAGAAUGUCGUGGUGUUAUUGCCCUUUGCAUAGAAGAUGGCACUAUACAUCGUUUCAGAGCAAAGAACACUGUCAUUGCCACUGGUGGGUACGGCCGCACUUACUUCAGUUGUACAUCUGCCCAUACCAGUACAGGGGAUGGCACUGCUAUGGUCACACGAGCUGGUCUUCCUUGCCAGGACUUGGAAUUUGUGCAGUUUCACCCUACAGGUAUCUAUGGGGCUGGCUGUCUUAUAACUGAAGGAUGUCGUGGAGAAGGAGGUAUUCUAAUUAACAGUCAGGGUGAGAGAUUUAUGGAGAGAUAUGCACCUGUUGCUAAGGAUCUGGCUUCCAGGGAUGUAGUGUCUCGAUCUAUGACCAUAGAAAUCCGAGAAGGAAGGGGUUGUGGUCCUGAAAAAGACCAUGUCUACUUGCAGUUGCACCACUUGCCACCACAGCAGCUAGCAACCCGUCUCCCAGGAAUUUCAGAAACAGCUAUGAUAUUUGCUGGAGUUGAUGUCACUAAAGAGCCUAUUCCUGUUCUGCCUACUGUGCAUUAUAAUAUGGGAGGUAUUCCUACUAACUACAAAGGACAGGUGAUCACACAUGUGAAUGGUGAAGAUAAAGUGGUACCAGGUUUAUAUGCUUGUGGGGAAGCAGCCUCUGCAUCUGUCCAUGGUGCAAAUAGACUUGGAGCAAACUCUCUUCUGGAUUUGGUGGUCUUUGGUCGUGCUUGUGCCCUUACCAUUGCAGCGACGUGCAAGCCUGGUGAGACUGUUCCCUCCAUAAAACCAAAUGCUGGUGAAGAGUCAGUUGCUAAUCUGGACAAAUUAAGGUUUGCUAAUGGAACCAUAAGAACUUCGGAAGUGCGACUUAACAUGCAGAAGUCAAUGCAAAACCAUGCUGCUGUAUUUCGGACUGGUUCUGUGCUCCAGGAAGGAUGUGAAAAACUUAGCCAAAUUUACAGUGAUCUGGCUCAUCUAAAGACAUUUGACAGAGGUAUUGUAUGGAACACUGACUUGGUAGAGACCCUCGAACUGCAAAACCUGAUGCUCUGUGCUCUACAAACCAUAUAUGGUGCUGAGGCUCGCAAGGAGUCCCGAGGUGCUCAUGCCAGAGAGGACUAUAAGUUACGGAUAGAUGAGUUUGACUAUUCUAAGCCACUCCAAGGCCAGCAGCGGAAGCCAUUUGAAGAGCACUGGAGAAAGCACACACUUUCCUAUGUAGACAUCCCAUCUGGGAAGGUUACUUUGAAAUACAGACCUGUGAUUGACAGAACUUUGAAUGAAGAAGAUUGUGCAACUGUCCCACCUGCUAUUCGCUCAUACUAAUAAGUUAAAUUUACUGGCAGACCUCUCCCAGAGGGGUAUUAGUGUACAUAAGCAUAGCACAAGCAAAGCAAAAUAUUAUUGUCACUAUCAAUGAAAAAUGCUGACUAAACUUUUUUCCAGCUUGUAUUUUGCUGUGGCUUACUGUACAGUUAUGAACAUGGAAUUGAAGGACAGCUUAUGUUCUGUCACCAGUCUGUCAGAACUGACAGGGAAAACACAAAACGUGUCUAAAUAAAGAGAGUAUUUGGAUUUGUUUGAAUGUGCUGUUAUAACUAUUCACUUGUAAUUAUAUACAUUUCUAUAUUUUAAGAGCAAGAAAUGCAUUGCAAUAAUUUUAGGCAAGAUGGAGUUACUGAAUUUUAUGAUUGGGGACUUAAGCAGCAGCAGCAUCAUUGCUGAUUGUAAGUAAAAUGAAAAGCAAAUGAUGCACUAGUAAUUCUUUUUUUUUUUUUUCUGAAGCUAAAAUUGUAUAAAUUGUUAUAUUCAUGUUUUAUUGCAGGGAACAAUCUACAUCUCCAGUUACUUCCUCCAAAAUAUAUUCUGUUCAUGGUAUAAUUUUAAUCGUUAAACUCUUACUGUAUCUGGAAAUCUGAAGUUGUUUUUGUGAUGGUUCUUGUGCAUUUCCUAGACUGUCUCUCAGACCAAUCAAGGAGCACUCUUGCAGAAGACUUACCUAAAUAUUAAAGCUUAGCAGACUUGAAGUGAGUGUGUUUAGUGCUAAGGGCUAACUUGUAAGGCAUCAACAAAGCAGCUUCUAGCGGCAUUUCUGUGAAUAGUGCCCAGUUCUUGGGAGUUACCAAGUGCAAUUGCAUGGGGCAUUUCUUAAUUAUUUACAUUUGUUUUCUCAACUGCUGAAUGUUGUCUGUUGCUGGAAAAAAUGAACGCUGAAAAAACAACAAUGUUGGAAUGUUGCUGGUGGUGGCUGGAA